UAGUAAGCAUGAUACAAUUCUUAUAAGUUUAAACCCUCUGUUCAUUUAUUGCCUCUUCGCUGGAUCCCAUCACCCAAUUUUUAACUGAAAAUCACUAAGAGAUAGUCAAUACUUUGAGCAGACAGAGAGAAAGAGAGAGAAAAGAGAAGGGUUGAUUUUGAUUUGAUCAAUGUCGGCAAGGGUAAUAACAGUGUCGCAAGACGGCAACGGAGACUACCGAACUGUACAGGAAGCCAUAGACGCAGUUCCACUCUCCAACACUUGUCGAACUGUCAUACGACUGUCACCUGGUAUUUACAAGCAGCCCGUUUAUGUUCCCAAGACUAAGAACCUCAUCACCUUGGCUGGUCUCCGACCUGAGGUCACUGUUCUUACUUGGAACAAUACCGCUACUAAAAUUGAACAUCACCAGGCUUCGAGGCUGAUUGGGACAGGGACCUUUGGAUGUGGGAGUGUGAUAGUGGAAGGAGAGGAUUUUAUUGCCGAGAAUGUCACUUUUGAAAACUCUUCUCCUGAGGGUUCGGGGCAAGCUGUUGCAAUCAGGGUAACAGCAGACCGAUGUGCAUUCUAUAAUUGCAGAUUUCUGGGGUGGCAGGAUACACUCUACUUGCAUCAUGGAAGACAGUACUUGAAGGAUUGUUAUAUUGAAGGAAGCGUGGACUUCAUUUUUGGAAAUAGUACAGCUCUGUUAGAGCAUUGUCAUAUCCACUGCAAGUCAGCUGGUUUUAUAACUGCACAAAGCAGGAAAACCUCUCAGGAAUCAACUGGUUAUGUGUUUUUGAGGUGUGUCAUAACUGGCAAUGGAGGGUCUUCAUAUUCAUAUCUUGGGCGCCCAUGGGGACCAUUUGGAAGGGUGGUCUUUGCCUACACUUAUAUGGAUCAGUGUAUCAAACAUGUAGGUUGGAAUAAUUGGGGAAAAGCUGAAAACGAGAGAAGUGCUUGCUUUUAUGAGUACAGAUGUUAUGGCCCAGGCUGUUGUCAAUCAAAACGGGUUACCUGGGCGAGGGAACUGCUGGAUUCAGAAGCAGAACAAUUCCUUAUGCAUGGAUUCAUUGACACCAAUCCGAACAGACCUUGGCUUGCUCAAAGAAUGGCCCUGAGAAUACCAUAUUCAGCUUAGAAGUCAAUAUCGAAACUGGAAUGACAUGAGUUAAGAAUCAGCAAUCUGUAAUGGUGUUGAACCAUUUUAUAUACAUACAAUAAAAUCUUCGUCGCAGACAUUUCAAGCUUAGUGUCAAGGCAAAAGAAGCAUUAUGCAAUAUCAUUGGAGAUUUUAAGAAAAACGUUGGCUCAUAUGAUUUGGGCAGUUUUACUAACGUUUUAAUCAUGUAUUCAUCAUAGAGUUUGUUUUCAUUUUUAUCAAGUCCAGAUUUGUCUGUUCAUCCCUGCUUUCUAACCCUCCUUCCUGCCGCUAUUGCCGGCAGAUUUGGCGAUUCACCCUUGCUGUCUCCAUCUCUAAUUCCCCUUCUCUUGCCCAGUCUCUUGCUUUAUCCUAUUCCUAUUUACAGGUCUCUGCUGUUUGUGAAAUGUUUCAAGGUAGUGCUCUCACAC